AUGGGUUCUCCGUCGUCGUUGUUGGGUUCCAAGGGAGCAGUUGGAGGCUGGGGCACUGGAGGAUCAGGCCAGAUUGGAAAUAUUGAUUUCUCAAUGGACGGAAUUAGAAGUCACUCUCAAUCUCAGUCUAACUCGUCACCGAAUGCCCAAACUGUAAAUAUGGAUGGAUUGGAAAAUCAGGUUAGUGGUGAUCAUCUUGAGCAUUAUAUAGAUGAUAAUAUUGAUAAGGAGUUGGAGGGAGAGGAUGAGGAGGAAGAUCUUUUAGGUGAUUCUAAAAAAAGAAAAAAGAGGGUAGUGACUUCCAGAUCACCGUGGGUUUUCUCUAUCACUGUUGAUAAUGCGUCUUCCAAUGAUGACAGGGUUUUCUCUAUCACUGUUGAUAAUGCGUCUUCCAAUGAUGGGGCUAUCGUUUACUUGAAAAAGAACUUUGAAAAUUGGGGGCAAAACAUCUUAGGUGGGAGAUAUGUGCACAUGAGGUGUAUGGCACAUACAGUUAACCUCGUUGUGCAGGAUGGUUUAAAGGGUGAACAUGAUACUAUCUCUCGUAUUAGAGGGGCCAUCAGAUGGAACUCUACCUACUUGAUGUUGGAGACGGCUAUAAGCCUUAAGCUCGCAUUUGAUGCUUAUGAAGAUGUAGAUCUUGCCUAUAAGACUGAUCUUUCGAGACAACCAUAUGUAGAUCUUGCCUAUAAGACUGAUCUUUCGAGACAACCAUUUGAUGGGAUACCGACUGAUUAUGAUUGGGAGAGGGCAAAGGUAUCGGUGAAAUUUUUAAGGCACUUUUACAGUCUCACUAUGCGCAUUUCUGGUGCUUUGUAUGUCACAUCUAAUCUGGUUUUUCGUGAAAUAUGUGAAGUUGACUUGCUUCUCAGAUAUUGGUUAAGUAGUAAUGAUGUUGAAUUAAAUGAGAUGGCAAGAAAGAUGAAAGAAAAGUAUGACAAAUAUUGGGGAUCAAUUGAGAAGAUGAAUAUGAUUUUAUAUUAUGCUGUGAUCCUUGAUCCACGUCAUAAAUUGGAGUUCAUUGAAUUUAGCUUUGAUAAAUUGUAUGGUGGUCCCGAACAAAGAAAUGUGAUGAAAGAACAAGUGAAAGAUGGACUUUACGAGUUGUUUAAUGAUUAUAAGUUGAGAUACGGUCAUAGUCUUCAAGGAACGCUAGAAAGCCCGGGAUCAUCAUUUAGUCGUGUUUCUUCAUCAUCUUCCUCUUCAGUUGGGACAUCUACGCAAUACACUGAUUAUGAAGUGACUCGUACGUUCACCAUAGAACAAGAGUUCAGUAUGUACAAGUCAGGUGGAAAAGGGGAUCGUGUGAAAUCAGAAUUAAAAUAUCUUGGUGAGGAUGUUGAAAUGCGUAGAGACAAAUUUGACAUACUAAAUUAG